AUGUCGGACGGUCAGUCGCUUGACUCAGAGGAGGAUUCUUCCCCUAUAGCCGAGACUUAUUAUGGCGCCACGACCAGGAUGUCUUCACGGCAGAGUGGGAACUGCACAUAUCAGAGCGACGAACCGUGGCACCACUCAGGUGACGUAAUGUCGAUCCAUACAAUUUGGCAGGUCGCGCGGGUACGCUUCUCUUGCAGUACCAGAGCGAUCUCCCUCCGCUUGCAGAGAACUCUUGACAGUGACUAUAACGUCUACUUUCUCUGCGCCAGAAAGGACAGUCUCAGAUCUGACCAGCAUCCCGCCCGACCACUCGCCAACACGAUGUCGAACACAAUGGCACAGCCGGCUGAAAGUUCGGUGAGCUACGAUCUCACCAGGAAAACCCACAUGGGGGGAGACUGCAUUCUGAAGCGCUUUGCGCAAUGGUUCUGGUCGGUGUGGAUGAUCGCCGGGUCUGGGACCCACGAUGCCCUUGCGGAUCCCGCGAAUCACCCCAAAGCGACAAACGGUGCCUCCACAAAGACGAACGGAUGUGCUGGCACAGCGAGAGGUGGUUUGUCUACCACUGGAGAAUGCGACACAGGACUGCGGGAACAGUCCUCUGGAAACGAGCAGAGUUAUCCUUGCAAGGCAUGCCAGACAUGGGGUGUUGUUUGCGAUCAGCAGAGACCGCGCUGCUCGCAUUGCUUGGAUCAGCAGAUACUGUGCUUCUAUGUGGCACCUCUGCCAAAACCACCGAAGCGGUCAACCAAGUCGCGUUCCCGCCACGUUGAGAUCGUAAAUUCCUCGCCCCGGCUGUUGGCGAGUUGA